GCCUGCGAGAGGAGGCAGAUCUGGGCCCAGGCCUGAGGGUCCGAUCCAGUUUUGCCCGCGGCUGGGGGCGGUCGAGGCGCCGCGGUCCGGCGGCUCGCACAGCGGCUCUCAGGGCGUCCGGCCCUCCGGGGUGUAUUUCUGGCUGCCAUGGCCGCCCUCGGCUUGCGGGCCUUCGGGACAAAGGGCCUCGGCUGGCUCCGGCGCAACCCGUGGGCCCCGCUCUCCGCCGGCUUCUGCAGCAGGGGGCCCGGGCCGCGACCCACCAGCGCGCGGCAGCGGGAAGGCAUCAGGAACAUUGUCUUGAGUGAUCCAAAGAAGAGGAACGCGCUGUCAUUAGCGAUGCUGAAAUCUCUCCAAAGUGACCUUCUUCACCAAGCGGAGAGCAAAGACCUCAAAGUCAUUAUCAUCUCAGCGGAGGGGCCUGUAUUUUCUUCUGGGCAUGACUUAAAGGAGCUGACGGAUGAGCAGAGCCCGGAUUAUCAUGCCGAAGUAUUUCAGACCUGUUCUGAGGUCAUGAUGCUGAUCCAGAACCACCCGGUCCCCGUCAUCGCCAUGGUGAACGGCUUGGCCACCGCCGCCGGCUGUCAGCUGGUUGCCAGCUGUGACAUUGCCGUGGCGAGCGACAAGUCCUCUUUUGCCACUCCAGGUGUGAACAUUGGGCUCUUCUGCUCCACCCCUGCGGUUGCCUUGGGGAGAACAGUGCCGAGAAAGGUUGCCUUAGAAAUGCUUUUUACUGGGGAGCCCAUUUCCGCUCAGGAGGCCUUGCUGCACGGGCUGCUCAGCAAAGUAGUGCCAGAAGAGCAGCUGGAGGAAGAGACCAUGAGAAUCGCAAAGAAGAUUGCCUCCUUGAGCCGUCCUGUGGUGUCUUUGGGCAAGGCCACCUUCUACAAGCAGCUGCCCCAGGACCUUAGAACAGCCUACUACCUCACCUCCCAGACCAUGGUGGACAACGUGGCCCUAAGGGAUGGGCAGGAGGGAAUCAAGGCCUUCAUCCAGAAGAGAAAACCCAUCUGGUCACAGUGAGGGGUCACCGGAUGCAGGAGAAAGCGAGGACACGCGAGGCGUGAAAGAAGGAUGCCAACCCAAUUCCGCUUCCAGAAGCGUCCCCUGAGGCGGAGGCCCUUCUGUCCGCCCGAGAGCAGCGAGACAUUUCAAAUCUCCCCAAGAUUCUCCACACUGAAAACCUUCUUGAUUCCACUGAGAAAUAAUCACGCCUAUGGCUUUGAACUAAUCUUCUAUGAUUUAGAAAGAUUACAUAUUUAGAGAGACUGGUAAUUUUCCCAACCAGACUGUAAGCCGUCUGAGAAAAGAAAGAAAAAAAAAAAUCCCUGACCUCUUUCUUUGGGUGCCCACACUCGUGGGUGUCCAUCAGAGGCCUGGUGUUCCUGUAACGCACGUCCUGGCUAUCCAACACCCUGAAACCAGGGUCCUGGGCUAGAGCUGGGGAUAAAAACCCCGGGGAGACGCGGGAGGGACACAGAGCACAUGGCCUGCCCACCAGACAACACCCACUCUGGACACAUUUCCAAACCCUGCCCAGCCACUGGUAGGCAAUAAAACCAGGCGUUUGAGCCCCCCAGCUGAGCAUUCAAAUUAGGACCUAUUCGUUUCUGGCUUCUGGUCCAACACCGCCUAAGAAACGCUCUAAGUCUCUUGUCCUCAAGCUUUUACCAAGGAUCUUAUCUUUUUUAAAAAGCCAGCUUAUCUUCCCUAGGAGUGGAAGGUGGCCAUAAAUGCGGUCGGUGCUGUGACAGAAAUAGAGAACCAUGUGGCUCAAACCCGAGGCUCUCAUUCAGGCUCGAGUGUGUUGGGAAGGAUGCCCCCUCACGCUUUCACAGAUUCCUACUGAGAUUGACAUUUUUGUUUUUGCUUUGCCUGAGUUUAGGAAGGUUAAAAAAAAAAAAGUGUUUUCUUGGAAAGGAGGAACUUGUUAGUAAGAUGGUCCUCAUGAGCAGAGGUCCCCGCGUCCUGGCCACCUGGGAUGUGCUAAGUGCCAUCCGCACAUUCGUGUUCCGUCCUCAUUCAGAACCCAGUAGAGCAGGUGCUACAGUUAUUCCCAUCCCACAGAUGUGUUGUCAAGGCCCGCUUCGUGCCAGGUCAGACAGUGGACACAGGGUAGGGUGAGGGUUCCAGACUCUGCCUGCCUGAAGAAACACCGGAUGCCUUUCCCUCUGGCCGCGCCACCUCCUUUGGAGCGCCCGGGCUGGUGUGAGGCUGGCCAGAGAGAGGACUUCCCUGCCCACGGCAGCUUUCCGAAACAAGGGAACGGGCCACACACUCCCUGCUAUGCAACUUGCCCGUGCACAACAGACAUCAGAUGCGAAUUUUGGCAGACCCCUGAUGGAGUUUUCCCUACGAAGCUAAUACAGAGCUGGCUGAAGUUCUGGACUAGAUUGUGAAGGACCGGGCUGUCACCGUCUGCUCAAAAACAGUGCUGUCGACGGGGCCCCUCCGCUACCUUCCUGCCCAGGUGGCCUGCCGUGGAAGUCAUUAUUUCACAGUUACCGGAUCACACAGUGUAGGGGACAGGGUGUGAGAAAGGUUCCGGGCCUCAGAGAAAGUGACAAGGCCUCCCCUCACACACCCGUCUGGCCAAUGCAAAUCCAAAGUUAAGUUUCCAGGGUCUGUAUGAACAUGCACCAUCCUCCAAAACUGUGAGAUCCCCAGGGCUCUCGGCUGGCUUCCCAGUGCACUCAGGGACCAGCUAUAAAUCUUAACACUCGCCUGUGGAGAAAAUAACCCAGAAGGAAGAUCUGCCCCCACUCUCUGGAGUCACAGAAUUCAUCCCCAGGAAAAUCUAAAUCUGGGGUUAGUUUGCAUCUCUGCUUCCCUCCACUGGGACGCUGGAUGAGAUUGUUCUGAUAGCCACACGUGAUGUUCGCUUUUGGAAAGCCUAGUGUGUGUCGUCUUUCCCUCUGUACCGUGCACUUCUCAGGGAGCCCUGCUGGGCUCAGCCCAGCCAACUGCGUCCCUACAGUUCAGGCACGGGAACCGGUAUCCACUCCAGCUCGGGGUGAGCGAGCCCUCCAGAGGCCGGCUUGAGCCCCAGAGAAUACAAGGACAUGAGGGACACCGUUUGCUCUACUCCAGUGAACUCGGGGUAGCUGCCGUUCGGGAGCCAGUGCUGAUUUCAUGAGCCUCAGUUCCUCAGUUCCUGCGAGCAGCCCAGUGAGGCAGUUCUUACCAGCCCCCUGGUGUGCAGGAGGCUCUGGGAAGUUCUGGCAUUUGCCAAAGUCAGGCCCGUGUGUGGGUUUGGGUCUGUGGGCUUCUGAAGGCUGUGCUCCUGACCACCGCACUGUGUUCCUCCCGACAUCCUGGAAAGGUUCCUGUUCCAGCCCGCACACGCUGACUACCAGUCGGAAAUGCCACAGCCAAGGCAACGCAGUUUCGCUUCCAGGAGGAGAUACAGGAAAAGCAGGGAUCUGAACGCAAACAGCAUCCUGGCCCCAGGUCUGCCACGGAACUAGCUGUGUGGCAGGUGCAGGUGACAAAACUGCUUUCACCGCUCAAGAGGGCGUGUCUGUAACAAUGACACCAUUGGACACUCUUGUCCUCUUCCUUGUGACAUUCCGGAUUCUACAAUGCUGGGAUUUGGGAACUUGCUACGAAAUUUGAAACAGGCCGCUUUUGCUCAAAGAAAAUGCUCUUUUACAAAUGGAGAAGAUGGGCAUUUUACCUGGAGGAGUAGUAAACACUGGAAACACCUGAGCACUCUGAGACCAACAACUCCAUUACAGAUAUUCAGAGCUGUGGGGGCCACAUCCAAACCUUCUGAAGAUGUGAUCAACUAGGAAGACCCGCCCUGAGGCACAUCUCCUCAAAAUUGGCUCUUACCCUGAAUUUUGUCUGGAUGCCUUAUUCAGCCAGCCCCGCCCUCCGCUUUCUUCUCCUUCUCAAAACCCACGGCACUAAGAGUCGCGUUUCCAAAGUGUGGCCUGUGGAUGACCUGGGUCUUCAAAUGCAGAUUCCCGGGCUCCUCAUCAGAGCUACUGAAUCACAAAUGCAGACUCCUGGGGCCCAAAAAUAUGUAUUAAAAGAAAAAAAAAAGGGGGGGGUUUCCAAGUGAUUCUACUGCGCAGUAAAAUGUAUGAGCUGCAGGUGGAGGUGACCCAUCUGUCUCCAGCUGUAUCUGUAUUUUAACGGUCAAAGCAGUGCAGGUGCUGUGGUGAAGUUCCAGGCAGUCACCGCUGGCUCCGAGAGGGAUGUCAACAGCCUCUUCCAGGAGCCUCUCGAAACCAGCCAGGCAGGCAGGUUUUCGGGCCUUUGUAGGCCCUCGAUGCUCACGACUUUGGGAGCCCCACCCCACAUCACAUUAAACAUCAGAAAUAGGGGUGCCUGGGUGGCUCAGUUACGCAUCUGAACUACGGCUCAGGUCGUGAUCUCACGGUUCAUGAAUUUGAGCCCCGCAUUGGGCUCUCUGCUGUCAGCUCAGAGCCUGCUUCGGAUCCUCUGUGUCCCUCUCUCUCCACCCCUCCCCUGCUCACGUGCUUGUUCUCAAAAAUAAAACAUUAAAAAAAAUCUGAAAUAUAUCCAUAUUCCACACUAAAUAUAAUGCUUCUGUUUAGGGAAAGGAGCUGAACGAUUUGCUUUAUAAAUUAUUUUUAAAUAUUCGACUAACGAUGAUUAUUUCUUGGCAGUCAUCAAGUAUCUGCAAGUUAAACAUUCUUGAAGUUGACGUGUUACAGCUAAUAAAAUAUUAAAUUUC